GGUUGGGGAGGCGCCAUGGACAGGGAGAUGGCUGAAGAGUAUGAGCUGAACGAGAUAGAUGACACCUUGCAUGGCUCUGUGGGGAGCAGGCUCUCACUGUUUGCAAGGGAGCUCAAGUCAAGGAGAAGCAGCAGCUGGCAUGGCAGCAGCGCCUUGAGGCUACCAAAGGAUCUCUAUGACAGCCUUGUCAUACACCCGAAUGGCAGGUGGUACAGGAUCUGGGCGAACAUGAUGUUCUUGUGGUCCAUCUACUCCACCUUCUUCACACCCUUCGAGUUCAGCUUCUUCCGUGGCCUCCCCGAGCAGCUGCUGGACCUCGAGUGCGUCCAGCUCGUCUUCCUCGCCGACGUCGCCGUCCACUUCUUCCUCGCCUACCGGGACUCCCACACCUACAGGAUGGUCUACGACAAGCGCCUGAUCGCGCUCCGCUACAUCAAAGGCAGCUUCGCUCUCGACGUGCUCGGCUGCUUCCCCUGGGACGCCAUCUACAAGGUGACGGGGAGGAUGGAGGUGGUGAGGUACCUGGUGUGGCUGAGGCUGUACAGGGCGAGGAAGAUCAUGGCCUUCUUCAAGAAGGUGGAGAAGGACAUCCGGGUCAGCUACCUCUUCACCAGGAUCGUGAAGCUCAUCACCGUCGAGCUCUACUGCACCCACACCGCCGCCUGCGUCUUCUACUACCUCGCCACCACGCUGCCGCCGGCGCGCGAGGAGGGCACCUGGAUCGGCAGCCUCACCCUCGGCGACGCCAGGUACAUCAACUUCAGGGAGAUCGACCUGCUCACCCGCUACAUCACCUCGCUCUACCUCGCCAUUGUCACCAUGGCAACUGUUGGUUAUGGUGACAUCCAUGCGGUGAACACGAGGGAGAUGGCGUUCACCGUGGUGUACAUCUCGUUCAGCAUCCUCCUCAGCGCGUACCUGAUCGGCAACAUGACGGCGCUCAUCGUGAAGGGAUCGAAGACCGAGCGGUUCAGGGACAGGAUGACUGACCUCAUCAGGUACAUGAACAGGAACAGGCUGGGCAGCGACAUCAGGUCUCAGGUGAAGGCUCACCUGAUGCUGCAGUAUGAGAGCAGCUACACGAGAGAUCGAGUCGUCGAUGACAUCCCGGUCGCAGUUCGAUCGAAGAUGUCACAGACACUGUACCUGGACAUGGUUUCAAGAGUUGGCCUGUUCAGAGGGUGCUCAGAUGAUUUCCUAAGCCAAAUUGUAGUGAAACUGCAUGAAGAGUUCUUCCUCCCAGGGGAAGUUAUCUUAGAACAAGGCACUGUGGUUGAUCAAAUUUAUAUUGUGGCACAUGGAUGUCUGGAAGAGGUGGCCAAUGGGGAAGAUGGAUCUGAAGAUAUCAUCUCAGAACUUCGGCCAUAUGACAUAGUUGGUGAUGUCGCUGUGAUUUGCAACAUUCCACAACCAUAUACUGUUAGAGUCUGUGAGCUCUGCAGCCUUCUAAGAAUUGACAAACAGUCUCUGACAAGAAUAUUACAAAUUUACAUCAAGGAUAAUGGUCAGAUAUUGAGCAAUCUACUAAAGGGGAAAGAAACUGAGUCAAAGGGGAAGCAAUUGGAAUCAGAUAUCACAUAUCUGCUAGCAAAGCAAGAAUCAGAACUAGUCCUUGGAGUAAACAACGCUGCCUAUCAUGGAGAUAUAUUUUGUCUGAAAAGCUUAAUCAGCGCAGGAGCAGAUCCGAGUAAAUCAGAUUAUGAUGGCAGGACUGCAUUGCAUAUUGCUGCACUGAGAGGAUACGAAGAUAUCGUCAGGUUCCUCAUCCAACGAGGAGCGAAUGUCAACAGCAUAGACAGGUUUGGAAACUCACCACUGCUGCAGGCAGUGAAAUCAGGCCAUGACAAGAUCACGUCGCUUCUCGUGGAGCACGGUGCAACUCUGAACCUGGAGGACACUGGGGGCUACCUCUGCAGAGUGGUCAGAGACGGCAGGAUCAAUCUGCUGAAGGAGCUGCUCAAAUUCGGGAUCAGCCCGAACUGCAGGAACUAUGAUCAGAGGACGCCGCUUCACAUAGCCACGGCGGAGGGCCUUCACCUUGUUGCCAGCACGCUGGUAGAAUCUGGAGCAGACAUUCAUGCCAAAGACAGGUGGGGGAACACACCGCUUGACGAAGGGAGAAGGUGCAGCAGCAAACCACUGGUCAGGAUUCUGGAGCAAGUUAGAAGUGUUGCAGCAAAUUGAUGACAAAGGA